UGUUCUUACCAUGGGAUUUGAUGGUAAACGAGAUUCCUGGCGUUCUCUGUGAAUACUGGCAGAGCUGGAUAAAAUACUAUUGGAAAUCCACUAGUCAACAAAUAUUGCAGGCACCGCAAUGUACACCUAGAUUAACAUUUACUGUAGAGAAAGAACAGUUGGAUAAUGAAAUUGACUCAUAUUCUCAAGAUAUAAUAUCUUUAACUUGGAAUGUAUUUGGAGUAUCAGCAUUGUUUGGAUUUCAAUAUGAUGAUAAAACUAAUCUUAAGUUAUAUGGAAAACGAUUGAGAGAAGAAAUAGCAUCUAAUUUAUCGCAUGAAAAUGAAAUAUAUAUUGCUAAGGUUUCUAUUGUAGGAGAUGCAACAAAAAAUGUUAUGAAUCAACCUUUAAUACAGGUUGAAGUUCACGCAAAGAAAUCAGAUCCAUAUGAAAAUCAAGAAAAAUGUAUUUAUAAAGGAUUUUUUCUAUCAUGGAAGAAAAAUGAUUUACGUACCAAUAAUACGACUAGAUUACCAUUAUUGAUAUGUCGUGGUACUCGUCCGUGUAUGAACAUUGUACAUUCCACUUUCAAUCGUAUGUUUGAUUGUCAUAUAAUUGAAUUACCUAUCGAACAAGAUGAUUUGAUUUGGUUACUUGCAAUUAUAAUCUUACCUGUUAACGACGAUGAAAUUUCAAAAAAAAGUGAAGAAGUUAAAUUGGAAUUUACAGUUCCUGGAUUACCAAUUAAUAAUACGAUUAGUGUUGAAUUUAAAAAAUUAGAUCUGAUUAAAAUUUUAAAUGCUAUAAUAGAAAAUCAAAAUGAUGAAAGGGAAACGGAUAUAACGGACUUGACUAUCGAACAAAUUCAAAGAUUUCGUAAGUGUUUAUACAUUCAAAUAAAAAACAUUGCUGGAUUAGAAUUAGGAUUAUGCAAUUUACACAGAAUUAGUUUGUCAGCCGCAACUAUAAUGGGCAACAAGAUGAAGAUAAUGGACCCACAUCGUGUAAAGCGUAUAUUAUCAUAUAUGACAGAGAAAUCUGUAGACAUGUUUCAUGCAUUUUUAUAACAAUUAAUUUUAGUAUGUGUUAUAUAUUUUUUCUUCCUUUUAUUUUUUAUGUUU